CCGUCGUCUUCUUCGGCUAAACCGUUUCCCGUAAUCUGUGAUAUCGAGCAAACUAAAGCAAUGGUAUGUCCCCUGCAAUUUCAAUGUCCACUAGUGCGGGGCAAUUCUACCCGGCAACCUUAGAGAGGACUGAGGAGUUUGACUCGACGGAGGAGGCGACCAAGAACAGAAGAGCAAUUGCGAUGACAUUGGGUCACCAUGAUGCGUGAGCGUGAUCUGUGUUGGAUGAGGGCCGAGAGCGGGCGGCAGGCAUGACAUGAGGUUGCCGCCGCAAUAGUCAGCAUAUGAAUCUUUUGAUUUUGAAUUUAUAUCUACACGUAAAACUCCCCACAUGCUCAUGGAAUCAUGGAGAUAGCUCUGGACCUCUCGUUGCCGGCCAGCUAAAACGGGGCGCGUAACGUGCCUGCCUGAUGUCUCAGCUCCCGCGCAAACCGGCUUUCUCUCUCUAGCCACCACCACCUCACCGCCUCUCUUGCUCUGCACUGCACGCGUCCUCAGCCAUCCAUGCGAACAAACAACCACUGGCCUCGCCGUUGCUCAUUCUUCCCUCGGCCGCCCACCCACUAGAGAUGGACAGCCGGAGCCAAGCGCCCUACAAGUCCAGCAGCUUCUCGCCGGCGACAACCCGCGACGAGGGCGGCGGCAGGACCCGGGAGGUCGACCGCAACUUCUCCCUCGGCGCGCUCCGCGACAAGAGGGACCUCCCGUACGGAGGCUCCAGAGAGCAGUCCAUCAGCGAGGAGGACGAGCAAGAGGGAGGUGGUGACCAUGGGGCCGCGCGAGGAGGCGGCGAGGGUCCGGGCUCGGUGGGAGGGGGAUGCUGCGGCGAGCCGGACCUCGCCGCGUUGUCGGCGGAGGUGGACGCGUUCCUCGCGGGCCAGGACGAGGGCACGCCGGUGAGCGUCACGGAGGCGACGCUGGACAGGUUCGCGUCCGCCGUCGAGCUGCUGGUCGCCAGCUCCGAGGGCGCCGAGGAGAAGUGGGCCGUGGAGGCCGCCGCCGGCGAGCCGCCGGCGCUGCUGGCCGCGGUCACGCGCAUCGCGGCGCUCGCGUCGGCGCUCGGCAAGAGCCCCGAGGGAGGCGGCAAGCACGCCGCCGCCGUGAGCCGAGUCACGGCCGUGCUGCACCGGGCCAUGGCGUUCGUCGAGGAAGAGUUCCACGCGCUGCUGGAGGGCCCGCGCGUCCCCAGGGCCGGGGGCGAGCACGAGCCCGACCGCUGCGUCCUCGCGCCGCCGGACGCCGCCGGACGGGACGAGCCCGCGCCGCCGUACCCGCCGGAGACCGUGGACCGGCUCCGCGCCAUGGCCGACGCCAUGGUCGCCGCGGGCUACGUGACGGAGUGCUCGCAGAUAUUCCUGGUCACGCGGCGGAACGCGUUCGACGCGGCGCUGCGGGGGCUCGGCUACGACAAGCCCAACGUCGACGACGUGGCGAGGAUGGCGUGGGAGGCGCUGGAGGCGGUCAUCGUGACGUGGACCAAGGCGUUCCGGCACGCCAUCAACGUCGGCCUGUCCACGGAGCACGACCUCUGCGCGCGCGUCUUCGCCGGCCGCCACGCCGCCGUGGGGCGCGGCAUCUUCGCGGACCUGUCGCGCUGCGUCAUGCUGCACAUGCUCAGCUUCACCGAGGCCGUGGCCACGACCAAGCGCGCCGCGGAGAAGCUCUUCAAGGUGCUGGACAUGUACGAGGCGGUCCGCGACGCGUCCCCGGUCAUCGAUGCCUUCCUGUCCGCCGACGAGCCGGCCGGCGAGCACGGCCGCCACACCGGCCUGGCGGACCUCAAGUCCGAGGUCGCCGCCGCGCGGUCCCGGCUCGGCGAGUCCGCCGCCGCCAUCUUCCGCGAGCUGGAGAGCUCCAUCCGCGCCGACGCCGGGAAGCAGCCGGUGCCGGGCGGCGCUGUGCACCCGCUGACCCGCUACGUGAUGAACUAUCUAAAGUACGCGUGCGAGUACAACAGCACGCUGGAGCAGGUGUUCCGCGAGCACCACCACGGCGGUGACGACGGCAGUGACAACCCGUUCGCGGCGCAGCUGAUGGAGGUGAUGGAGCUGCUGCACGGCAACCUGGAGGCCAAUUCGCGGCUGUACAAGGACCCGUCGCUGAGCAACAUCUUCCUGAUGAACAACGGGCGGUACAUGCUGCAGAAGAUCCGCGGGUCGGCGGAGACCAACGCCAUGCUCGGCGAGGCGUGGGCGCGGAAGCAGUCGACCAACCUGCGGCAGUACCACAAGAACUACCAGCGGGACGCGUGGAGCCGCGUGCUGGGGCUGCUCCGGGACGACGGCGUGCUGACGGUGAAGGGCCACGUGCAGAAGCCUGUGCUCAAGGAGCGGUUCAAGCAGUUCAACGCCGCCAUGGACGAGAUCCACCGGACGCAGGGCGCGUGGGUCGUCAGCGACGAGCAGCUGCAGUCGGAGCUGCGCGUCUCCAUCGCCGCCGUCGUCGUGCCGGCCUACCGCUCCUUCCUCGGCCGCUUCGCGCAGCACUUCAGCGCCGGGAGGCAGACGGAGAAGUACGUCAAACUCAGCGCCGAGGACUUGGAGACCAUCAUCGACGAGCUCUUCGACGGCAACGCCACGUCCAUGCCGAGGAAGAAGACAUGACGAUAAUAAACACUAUAGUUUGACAACGCCACGCGUCCACUGGUGAUUGGUCGGUUCAGCUAAUCAAUUAUCGAAUUGAGCAAUGUAUUGUGUUUUUCCUCUUCAAAAGAGUUUUCUUUUUAUUUGUCUGUUAAAAAAUGUUAUUCGGUCCAACAUGAUAGUUGAUCGAUGUACUAAGAACAGGAUGUCAGGACAGCUAGAUUGAUUGUGUAAUUUGUAACCAUAUAUGUAUCGUCUGAUGACAUUAUGGGCGUGUUUGUUUGCUGUCUGCGAGGCAGCUUUUCA